GUCGCACAGGUUCACACCCAGAAAGCGGAUCUUUCUGGAGCGCCGACCGUUUGGAGCGGAACUCCCUCCUUUACACACACACACACACACACACACACACACACCUCACAGAGUCGGCAUAGCUGCAGAGAUGGAGGCAAUAAUCAUGAUCACGCUCUGACUGCCGUACCCUGUUCCCACAGCCGGGGAUGAAUAAAGGCACCAAAUCGGGAGCCGAGACACUGUGAAUCCAUGACCCCAGAAUUUCAACAUUACAACUUCAGGAUGCCGAAUAUAGGGUUCCAAAACCUGCCCCUCAAUAUCUACAUUGUCGUCUUUGGAACAGCCAUAUUUGUCUUCAUCCUCAGCCUCCUCUUCUGCUGCUACCUAAUUCGGUUACGUCAUCAGGCUCACAAGGAACUAUAUGCAUACAAACAGGUUAUACAGAAGGAAAAAGUAAAAGAGCUAAACUUACAUGAGAUAUGUGCGGUUUGCCUGGAGGAGUUCAAGCAGAAGGACGAGCUAGGCGUGUGCCCGUGCAAACACGCCUUUCACAGGAAGUGCCUCAUCAAGUGGCUGGAGGUGAGGAAGGUGUGUCCCCUGUGCAACACACCCGUCCUGCAGCUGGCACAGCAGCACAGCCCCCCUGAGUCCCAGGGGUCUGCACAGAGGCCCCUGCCUGGGGCAGAGAAUGUGGUGUAGCGCCCCCUGCAGGCAAGCCACGGACUCACCUGUAUAUGGCGCGGUUCUGUAGGAUGACGGACGGAUAUGUCAUCGCUUUGUUGUGGUCCGCACAAAGGAAAAUUGCCACUUUUCUCUUUCAGUGAUAAAUAUAGUGAGUUUUUCAUUAUUUUCAUGGACAAUGAAUAAUAUAUAUGUUCUUUCACUGGCUAGUCUGAGGCCAUCCUGAUGGUUUUUCUUUUUUUUUUUUUUUUUUUUAAACCAAAGCACUUUUCCAGGGACACCAGCACAAGACGGAUUUAAAAGAAAAGAAUAACAGCUGAAACUGAAACUUUUUUACCGAACAAAAAAAAAAAAAAGAAUUAAGAAGCACUCAUAAAUAACCCAGUCCUUGCGUGUGAAAGUCAUAUUUUCGAUAGUGGUUUAUUUAAAAUGUAUUUUAUUUUUCAUGAAUGUGUAUAUUGAGUUACAUUGGUUUAUCUGCAUUAAAAGGAGGAUAAAAAUAUA